AUGGAUGCCGCAGAGAGCGACUUCAGUGCAGUGUUAGCCGUAGAGCCACGGAACGCAGAAGCUGCUGCCAAAACAGAACUGAUCGCUGACUUGCGGCAAUAUCUUCAUCAAGCCAAGUCGUACAUUGAACGUAAAGACUGUCCUUCUGCUGAGCACUAUUUGAACAAGGCCGUUGAGCAUCUCGUCUGGGAUCCAUCGCUUUAUCGACUCCGAGCCAAAUGUUUGGAAUCACGCGGAGAAAUCAGAAAGGCCAUCGCUGAUAUGCGAACACUCACGAAGUUAUUGGCAGACGGUACGGAAGAUUACUUGAGGAUCUCACAGCUCUACUAUGAAAUCGACUGGAUGGCAUGUUUGGAAAAGGGUCAACAAAUUCUCAAGACCGAAGCCAAAGUAGCUGACAUUCAGUUGGAUACAUACAGACAUCUCUGCAAAUGCAAUAUGGAG